CUAGAGAGCAGCCAUUCGUUUUGGAAUCUCAUCUCUUUUCUUCUCUGUCACCCACAGACACAAACUCUGCAAAACCAACGCCAUCAAACUCUGCAAAACUCCCUCAAUCAUCAUCCCCCCACUUCUUUCCUUCUCUCUUUCUUUCACCCCACUGAGCCCUACCGGCUAUCACUCACUCACGCCUCUGCUCUUCUCUAACCCAGUUACUUUUUUAGCUCACUUAACCAAAUUUCCUAUCUGGGUUCCAAACACUCAGUGGCCAAAUGGGUCUCGCUUCAAAUUGCUGAUGGAUAUGGGGUUCUUUAAUUGAUACAGGAUCGAGACGAAAAAAGAGCUGAAAGAUUUGGUGCAGAAUCCGGGAAGCUAGCUAGAGUCCAUGGAGGCCCGGAGGCUUGCCAUUCUCUGUUCGCAUCUCCGUCCAAUUAACUCGGGACGUAGUCGAGCAACUCCCUCACAUCUUUCCUCUUCGAACUGUGCUUCAGUAGCCAAGAGUGAGCAGCAGCUAAUUUAUGAUCCUCACAAGGGGAGUCUACAAGAUGGUUGUGUUUUCUGCAGGAUUAUACUCGGCGAGGAACCCGCUUUUAAGCUCUAUGAAGAUGAUAGUUGCCUUUGUAUAUUAGAUACAAGACCAUUGAGUAAUGGGCACUCUCUAAUUAUACCAAAAUCUCAUUAUUCUUCGUUGGAAGCUACGCCUCCUUCUGUGAUAGCUGCAAUGUGUUCAAAAGUUCCAUUAAUUAGCAAUGCAAUCAUGAAGUCAACCGGCAGCGAUUCAUUCAACUUAUUAGUUAACAAUGGUGUGGCUGCUGGUCAAGUUAUAUUCCAUACUCACAUUCACAUAAUUCCACGCAAGGCGAGAGAUUGCUUAUGGGAAUCUGAGAGUUUGCAGCGAAGAACGCUGAAAUUUGACGAGGAGGCGUCGAGGCUAGCAGAAAGCAUACAAGAAAUGCUACACAACACCAAAGAGAAUGAUAGCAGCAAGGUUCAAGAAUCAAAUCUGAGUGGAAAUUAGCAAUGUAAUUAGGGUGGUGUUGCAAUUUGAGCUGUAUUAUUUUGUGUACCAUAUUCAUGUAAUGUCAACUACAGUUUAUUCUUUUUGAGUACCACAAAAUUUGAAUACUUAAUAAAAUGGAAGGCUUGCUUGCUUGUAAA